AUGACUGUCCUCCCCGACUCUGAGAACGGCUACCUCCUCAACUAUGAGGAUCAGGAGAAGCGACGAAUGAACAUGCAACAUGACCUGAUCAAGACCUACAUGGGCAAGCUCAUCUUGGCUCCUCUGCCUUUUGACACACCCAAUCUCCGAGUCUUGGACAGCGGGACCUUCAACGGCCUCUGGCUAGAAGAUGCCUCUACUCUCCUCAAAUCCCCCACCUUAAUCGGCGCCGACGUCUCCCCAACUGCCUUCCCAGCCAACCCCCCACCCAACACAGAAUUCCACGUCCAAUCCAUCUCCGACCCCUGGCCCACCGAAUGGCGCGACUCCUUCGACCUCGUCCACCAGAAACUGGUCAUCGCAUGCCUUCCCCCAGACGAAGGCCGCCAGGCCCUCUACAGACUCAUCGAGCUCGCCAAGCCAGGCACCGGCUGGGUACAAUUCACCGAGGGCAGCCUCGAGCAUCUGACCCCCGAGCAGCGCAAGCAAUACCCCGUUCUGGCGCGCUUCCAGACCCUGGUUGCUGAAAUGCUGCCUCAUUUCCGGUGGAACCCAAGGCCCGGGAAGCUGGUGCGCCAGUGGCUGGAGGAGUAUGGGCUGGAGGAAGUGCAGGAGAAGGUCAUGGAAAUUCCGAUCGGAGCGGGCAACAAGGAUCCUAAGCUCGGAGAGAUGGCCAAGCAGAAUAUGCUGGAGGUGGUGUCUAACUUCCGGACGGCUGCGACGCGUCUUCCGGAUGGCACGGGUAUUAAAGCUGAGGACUUUGACCCGAUCCUGAGGGAUAUCAAGGUCGAGUUUGAGACGGUUGGGGGGAUCCUCCGGUUUAACACGGUUUGGGGUCGUCGGCCUUAG